AUGUCCACCAACCCUCAAGCGAGCGGACUACCUGGCGUUAACAUGGCGACAGCGGCAUUUGGCAAAGCAACUCUGCCCACCCUUGGCAGCCGCGUCGACCUUGCCCAUCAUAUCCACAUCGUCGACAACUGUUUGCUAGAGUGUGGCCUGGCAACGUUGGAUACUGAGGGUAAAGUGUGCAUCAAGCCCCAGAGCAAGUACGUAGCAAUGUCUCGCAUACUAACCAGUCUAUCAACGGUUAAAGAAGUUGCGGCGUCUGCUCAACGUGCGGCUACUCGGUUCGAUUACGACUGGGUUUCGGUGAAACGGCUCCUUACUCGCCAGUAUUGUAAAAAGGAGACUCUCAAGGCCGAGUACUCAUCCCAAUUAACGAAGCUAAGGCUUAUUUCCGAGUCCGAUGACCCCGAGCCAUUCAUUGAAAAAGCUACUGAGUGCUUCGCCCUGUGCCAGCGUGCGUUCGACGACGAUAGGAGUGAACGGCGAGCUUUCAUUCGCGCACUCUGCAAUCGACUUCCUCACGACUGUGUCCUCUCAAUUCUGAGGUCGGUCCAGAGCGCCCUCCUCGCGAAGGGGCUCAGCGAUGGAGACACGGAAUGGGAGACAUCGAUCGCUUUCGAUGAUUUCGACCUAGCUGCUCGCGAAGAGGCCGACGCGCCACCGGUUACAGCCAUAACCUUUUGUUCAGCGCUGAGGAGCUCAUGUGGUCUCGCUCGUGAAGCAAGGUUACUGACGAGUUCACCCCAGGUGAAAACAGACGCUAUUAAAGCAAUUCGUGAAGCAGGAGACCACCCCCAGCGACGUCCGAAGUUCUCUGAGAAGUUCCCUUUCGUGGUCUAUGUCAGUGGAUCCCUUGUAGACGAUCGGGAUAAAUUCCCUAAGUAUAUCGCUACGGUCAAGCCUACUGACUCCUUGCGCACGAAAAACAAGCGGGGGAAACCAUAUGCUCUUCUGGGAUUCGCUACGGAGGAAGCAGGGUCGUCGGCGCUGGCAGACCUUCAAGCUGAUCGUGGGUUAGGCCUCGUGGUUCGUCAAUUCCAAACCGAUCCGCCAAAAAACGGAUCGGGGCCCCGUCAGUAG